AUGGAGUCAAUCAUCAGCCCCAGCAUCGAAAAAGACUUAGCCAAUAACAUCUACGAGAAGCGCAAGGCGGCGGCGCUUGCGAUCGAGGCAAUCACACGCAAGGCGCAAGCGCGCGGCGACGCGGCGACGAUCACAAAGAUCAUCAGUGAGUUGACAUACUACACACACGGGACGGGUGCGAAGAUGGGAGCAAUCACGGCGUUGGCCGGUGUUGCGGUGGCGCUCGGGCCGUACGUUAUCGCGUUCUAUCUUGAGGCGUUGGUGCGGCCAAUAUUCGUCGCGUUCCGCGACACGAACGCGCGCGUGCGCUAUUACGCGUGCGAAUCGCUCUAUAACAUUGCAAAGAUCGCCCGCGGCGAGAUUUUACUCUACUUCAAUGAGAUCUUCGACAUCUUGUGCAUCUUGGUUACCGACACCGAGCUGUCAGUUAAAAACGCCGCCGACUUGCUCGAUCGUUUGGUCAAAGAUAUUGUCUGCGCCAAGGCCGUAACAUAUGUCUCGAUAUUGCACAAGGAAUCGAGCGAUAUCAGUCUGUACAAAGUUGAUAGUAGCGGGCGCGCACUCCAGGUGAAUAGCCCCCAGAACCCGCAGGUUGCGUUUUCGCUCGUCAAGUUUAUUCCAACGUUGAUGGAGCGCAUGUACGCGGUGGACCCGUUCGCGCGCAAGUUUCUUCUCACAUGGAUCGACCUUCUUGACGACUUACCCGCACUCGAGUUGGUCACGUACAUGCCGACCUUCUUCAAGGGGUUGCUCAAGUUUUUAGACGACUCGCACCAGGACGUGCGGAUUGAGACCCAUAAGAUGUUGAACAACUUUUUGAAGGAGAUUAAAAGUAUCCACCAGGUAAAGGAACAUGUCAAAGCUAUGAAGGAAAGCGGAGCCAGUGGUGAGAGGUCUCUUGGGGAGUCUCUCGGGGAAUUAUCCGUGAAGGAUCAGGACGGCGGUGAUCAGGACGGCGGCGCCCAGGAAGAUGGUGACCAGGACGGCAGUGACCAGGACGACCGGGUCUCCCAGGCCUCCUAUUCUGACGGCUCGUUUAUCAACGGUCAGGAUAUUUACAUUGACUACCCCAAACUCAUCGAGAUCCUCGUCGACUCUCUCGACUCCAACAACCUCGAGAUCGAGUUUACGGUGUUGAAGUGGCUCGAGGAGUUGCUCCAGAUCGCGCCCGACAGCUUUCCCAAGUUCCUCCCGCGGAUUCUCACGUUGUUGUUGCCGACUUUGUCGCGCGACAACUUUGACUUGGCAACGAACGCGGGCGCGGUCGACGCGGCGCUCCGCGCUUUGGUGGGCUUCGAAAGCGUGAACCUCCAGGCGACGAUCCAUGCGGCAUUCUCACAGUUCAUGACAGAGCAUGACCGCACACGCGUGGCCGCGUUGGAAUGGUUGAUUGUAUUGCACGCACAGAGCCCCGCGCGCUUUUUCGAGUCGCGCGCGAUCCGCGUGGGCGACUUGUUGCGCUCGCUCAUCGACUCUUCGCCCGACGUGAUUGUCAAGAUCCUUCAGCUCCUCUCGCAGAUCUCCGAGGGCGACGAGCAGUUCUUCGGUGAGUUCAUUGCCGACUUGAUCGCGUUGUUCAAGAACGACCGUCUCAGCUUGUCGAACGACAAAUACGAGUUCAUCUUGCGCAAGUUGUGCCAGUCGCUUGACAGCGACAAGAUCUACCAGACGAUCGCCGAGGGCCUUAGCGGCGAAACUAACUUGGAUUUUCUCUCACGCAUUAUCCAGAUGCUCAACAACACGUUGGUUACCGCGUCCGAGUUGGCAGAGUUGCGCCGCAAACUCAAGGCGGCAGACGACUGGGGUGUGUUCUCCACCUUGUUCAAGGCUUGGAGCCACAACGCGCCGCUGGCCUUGUCGCUCUGCCUCCUUACCGCCAACUACGAGCUUGCGUAUCUGAUUGUACAGUGUUUUGCCGACAUGGAGGUCAACUUCAACAUGUUGACCCAGUUGGAUAUUUUGGUCCAGUUGCUUGAAUCACCCGUAUUUAUGAAGAUGCGACUUCAGUUGCUCGAACCUGAAAAACACCCGUAUCUCUGCAAGUCGUUGUACGGCUUGCUCAUGUUGUUGCCUCAGACGUCCACAUUUACCGCGUUGCAGAACCGACUUGCGGUUGUCAACUCGCUCACUAGCUUGGCCCCCGUGCACCCCGUGGCCAUCACAACUGUAUCGAUGAAACGCAAGCGGAUCAAUGAGUUGCUCGAGGGUUUUAAGGUUGUUCAACAGCAGCACGAGCAGCUCCGGCUCCAGGCCGCAAAGAAGGCGGCUCGCCCGAGAGCUCACGCGCACACCAGCAGUGUGUCGACAACCGUGAACCAUCUGAACGUCCACGGUGUGGCCAUGUCUCUCAAGAGCUUGAAUCCGGCGCAGUAA